AUGUCAGAUUCCGAAGUCAUCCCAUACGAUGUUCUGCCAACGUUUGAGACCGACAACGAGCUACUCAACCGCACAUUGACUCAGAUCGAGCAGUUUUCGCGUGCUGAUGGACUGCCGGACUACCAUACUGCUGUCAACGAGAAUCCUCCUUUGUACAGGCCAAAUAAUACUAUGCGCAAUCAAGAAAUCCUCCAUGUGCGUGAUAACGAGAGACUGCUGCUGAACAAUCUGGACCAGCUGGACAGAAUCACGUCGUCCGUCAAGAUCACCAUCAAAGUCACCAAAACCUUUCCUCAGAUGGGAAAGAGCAUUGAGCGUGGUAAUCCACUGAAGGAGUUCCACGCAGGCGAUAUCGUCACUGGCUGUGUCACAGUGCACAAUCCCACGAGUACAAGGGUUCCCUUUGAAAUGUUUCUAGUGUCGCUCGAAGGCUACGUCACUAUUCCAUCCAUAAUGACUAACAAGGUGACCAAGCGCACAUUUCUAAAGAUGUUUGAUUUUGGAGCAUGCUACAUGGACGGGUUCUAUCCGACGGCAAAUUUCCCCACACCCACGCAGUGCACGUACGAUCCGUUCGACGAGACGUACUACGGCUUCCCCGAGUCGAAGGUGCUCGAACCAGGGAGCAAACACAAAAAAUUCUUCUACUUUAGACUGCCCGAGACACUGCUCGAAAACUCCUGUGACCACCACAUCUACGAGCACUUUGAGAAGCUGCCACCAUCGUUUGGGCUCGACCGCGAGAGUUUCAACGGUAGAGCCAGACAGAUCGCAAUCAAUGAGUCACUGGGAUACGGCCGGCUGCAGGACAUCGGCUCGCCGAUUCUGCUCAACGACCAGAGCGAAAAUGGUCAAUCGGUAUCAUAUGCCAUCACAGUGCGAAUGAUUGGCAAGCACCAAGACAUUUACAAGAACGAUCCAAUGAAAAAAUUCAUCAUGAUCAAAGACGAGCAGUAUUUUUUCAGAUUCAUCCCCGACGAGUCUCUCGACUUACCAUCUUACAAAGAUAACCAAAAUCUGGGAAGGCGUUCCACCAGAGAGCAAUUGGAUCGAGUUUCCAAAGCUGCCAAGGAGGAGAUAGAGAGGCUCACGAGGAUCAAGUUCUUGCAAUCAGCAGGAAUCGAAAACGAGCGCGAAGUCAACGAGCUCAGCUCAGCCUCCGAAAUGCUCAAGAAAACAAAUCUAAACUUAUCUGCAGAGCCAAUAAUUUCGCACACUACAGACAGGUACCAAAAUAGCACCACUUUUCCACUCUAUAAGAAAAAGCUGUUUGGAUUUCCAAAUGCCAAAUCUUCUGAAAAACCUAACCAACUCAGGUUUGAGGCCUCGAUAAGCAAAAAUGUGCGGCUAGGCUACAUUGUGCCCAGCGUGCUGUCCAAGAUCUCGUCGACAGAGAUCGAGCAGCAGCAGGCGUCAGUUCUUUCGCAAGUGCCGCUUCAAUCCCCGGUCCUGAGUCCCGUGACAUCUCCGCAUGGAGGCGAACUUGCUCCUGUCAGCUCGCUCACCAGUUUAAGAUCGCUGAACGACGAGACACUUAAUGCGCUGGUGUCCAAAAUGGAGUCUAUCUCUUUUUCCAACGAGGUGGAAAUCCAACUGUAUUGCACCUUAUCUCACCCCCCGGAGAUUGCAUAUGUGCGUCCAGCAUUAAAGUCAUGCACAAUAUCCUCGCCAUCGCCCAUUCCUGUCACUUUUGAUCCAGACUUCCUGCUCCACGCCGAGACGCCUGCGAAUGCUAUAAUAGGUGUGAAGGACGAAUUUUCGAAUUAUCUUUCAGAGCUAAAAUCGCUCGCUAGACAGACGGGCCGCGGCAUAGAAAGGCAACUGUGCCACGAUCUGAUCUCUCUCUCAAACAUCGGCCUGGCACAAAAAUCUCUGCCAGUCUUCGAAGAGAUUAUUUUACGGAGCCAACCAAAAUGGGUGAAAACCAGUGAGGGCUGCUCAACUAAGUUCAAAAUCCAACUCAAGUGGGACUACGCUACUAUAAGAAAGCUGACUUUGUUACCUAGCUUCAGCAUAUGCUACUUCACUAAAAUGUAUUACCUGACGUUAAAGCUGGGCUUCAAAAAAACACUCAACCAACAACGCAGUGCUGAGCGUGCCCAUCGAGGUGGCCAAGAUCAGUUUCGGGAAAAAUUUGCAAUGAUAGUAUUGUCAUUAUAGAGCCAUUAUUAUAUGUAAGACGCUCAUCUCAUUUGAAAUCGCCAACUUGCAAGUUUCUCGUCAUUGCCGGCAAAGCCACGCGGAUGCCAUCCAACUCUUUGGUCAUAUGCACCUGGCACCCCAAACGACUCGUUUCGGUCAGUCCGAAAGCCAGAUCCAGCAUAUCGUUCUCGUCAUCAUCUGGCUCGGGGAUUAAAUCAUAAUAAUCAGGAUCGACUAUAAUAUGGCACGUGGAGCAGGCGCACGAGCCUCCACACGCACCUUCCAUGUCAAUAUGGUUAGCCUGGGCAAUGUCAAGGAUCGAGUCGCCCUCAGCCACCUCAAAUGUCUUCUGUGAUCCGUCUUUGGUGAUGAAAGUGAUGUGCAAUUCUUCUCCGGGGUUCGGCUUUUUGAUAUGUCCGUGAAAAGCAGGAGUGGUCGAAUGCAGUGGUCGUAUCCACUUCGUUUGUGUAUACGGAAUCUUAAGUAUCACAGACGGCCUGAACAAGGGCCUGGUGCCUUUUAAUGCUGCGAUUCUCAUGAAGGAAUUUUUAUAUAUAGAGAUAGAUUACUUUAGUCCUG